AUGGAUGAAGCAAUGCCAAAUCCUCCAGACGAGGACAUACAAGUCAACAAAAAGUUCUUUGUGACGCCUCCUCUGGUCAUUAUGGCCGAUCUCUUCUCUGAGCCUAACUCCUUUCCCUCUCCCUCUCCCUCUUGUGCUCCUACCUCCCCUCCCCUCACCUCUACUUUUCCUCUGACCUCUCCUUCCACUCCGUCUUUCUCCUACUUCAGAGGAGUUCUGCUGGGUGUGCUGACAACAUACGCCCAGAUGGAAAUGAAGAAGGUUGUUGGAGACAAUGCCACACUGCCCUGCCACCAUCAGUUCUUGGUGGGUGAUGACCCAACUCUGGACAUUGAAUGGCUACUUCUCAAGCCAACCAACAGGCAGAGAGUGGUGAUCACCUACUUCGCUGGACGGGUUUUUGACCCCAAUGAAGCAGAGCAUGGCCGUGUAGCCUUUGCUGGAGAGUACUUAAAAGGCGAUGCCUCUCUGCUGAUCAUUGACUUGUCUCUGACAGACUCAGGGGAGUACAGUUGCAAAGUCAAGACUGGUGCACAAUACCACUGGAGCACCAUCAGCCUCAUAGUGCUGGUGAAGCCAUCCAAGCCACAGUGCUGGAUGGAGGGCAAACUGUUGGCGGGCAGUGAUGUUAAGAUGAGCUGCAAGUCUGCUGAUGGCUCUGAUCCCAUCAAGUACAAAUGGGAGAGGGUACUAGACAAGGGCAAGUACCUUGGAAAGCUCCCUCCAUUGGCCGUGAUAGAUUUGAAAAACCCAGAAAUUGUGACGUUGAGGAAUUUGACCAAGGAGAGCACUGGAGUCUACAAAUGCACAGCCAGCAACGCUGUGGGAGAAGAGAGCUGCACAGUCGAGGUUAAGAUGCACUAUAUACGGGGAAUUGGUGUUGUAGCAGGGGCAGUGGUUGGUGUGUCCUUUGGCAUCCUCCUCAUCAUCCUCAUCAUCUGGUUGGUGUGUCGCAAUAAGGAGAUGAAAAAAUAUGAAGAAGAAGAGACACCAAAUGAAAUCAGGGAGGAUGCAGAGGCUCCAAAAGCCAAACUGGUGAAGCCCAACUCCCUCUCCUCAUCCCGCUCUGGCAGCUCUCGCUCAGGCACCUCCUCCACCCAGUCCAUGGUACACAUCAUGGGGCCCCAAGGCCAACGAGGCUGUGUUCCUGCAGUGGCGGCCCUCAAGGAAAACUGCCAAGCCUCCACCUUCCCUCAAUCUCCACCUGGCUACAAUCACACAGUUCCCAAGACUCCUGAACCCCGUUCUACACCCACCUCUACGUCUACCUCCAACUCCAACCUCAAGCCCAGCCCUCCCCCUAAACUUAGCCCUGGGAACCUGACCCGCAUGGGGGCCACUCCUGUUAUGAUCCCUGCCCAAACCAAGGCCUUCCAGACUGUGUAG